CACAAGCAUUUUGUGAAUCCCCAGCUCCUACAGUUAUGAUUUCAUAAACGUAGACAAGUAGGGUUAAAUAUCUACUGAAUCAAGAUCUGAGUUUGCAUUGUACCAACGAUGAACCUUACGGCUCCCGUGUGGACGUGUUUGAUCUGGAUUGUCUUUGUCCUGAUCAGCGGUGGAGAUGCAUUGACCGGUAGUUUCUGGCACGUCUCAGACCUCCACUGGGACCCCUCGUACAAGCUGGGCGAUGACCCCACGGCGGUGUGUGCCUCCAGUGGCAGCCGUCCCGCUCAGGGGGCCGGGAGGUUCGGGGACUACCUCUGCGACUCCCCCUGGGACCUCAUCAACUCCUCCAUGUUUGCCAUGAAGAGCAUAUUACCGGACCCAGAUUUCAUUCUUUGGACCGGGGAUGAUACGCCACACGUGCCCGAUGCGGACCUGGGAGAGGAGAAAGUGGUGUCCAUUAUGGCCAACUUGACUGAUCUAAUCAACAUUGUCUUCCCAAACACCAAGGUGUACCCUGCUAUUGGAAACCAUGACUACCACCCUAAGAGCCAGCUGCCAGCAGGCGAGAAUUAUAUCUACAACCAGACAGCAGAGAUGUGGAAACAGUGGCUGGAACCAGACUCCUACACCCUCUUCAGAACAGGUGGCUACUAUACAGAGAAGCUCCUGAAUCGUCCAGGAUACAGAAUCAUGGUGCUCAACACCAACCUGUAUUACGUCAUGAACAAAGCCACGGAGAGCAUGACCGAUCCAGCUGACCAGUUCGCCUGGAUGGAUGAAAUAUUAACCGAUGCAGCAAAUCAAAAAGAGAAGGUGUACAUCGUAGCACACAUUCCUCCAGGGUACUUUGAGAAGAAGCGAGGCUACAUGUGGUUCCGUCCAAACUUCAACCUGCGCUACCUGGAGCUGACCAGGAAGCACCACGCGGUCAUCAUGGGCCAGUUCUUUGGCCACCAUCACACGGACUGCUUCCGCAUGGUGUACAACGCCGAAGGUUCUCCUGUAAGUACCCUGUUCCUGACCCCAGGGGUGACUCCGUGGAAGACCACUCUGCCAGGAGUGGUGGAUGGUGCCAACAACCCUGGCAUCCGCAUCUUUGAAUACGACACAGACUCGCUCCAGAUCCAGGACAUGGUGACGUAUUAUCUAAACUUGACCUAUGCCAACAUGGCUCGGGCGCGGUGGGAGAAAGAGUACCGCCUGACGGAGACGUUCCGCGUUCCCGACGGCUCUCCAGCGUCCAUGCACCGCAUCCUGGUGCGCAUGGAACAGGAGUCGUGCGUCCUGCAGAAGUACUAUGAGCUGAACUCCGUCAGCUAUGACCUGUCUACGUGUGACGCGGACUGCCGUCUCGACCACGUCUGUAGCACCAGGGAGAUCGACCAGGCAGCGUAUGAGGAGUGUGUGAGUGGGGUGGCAGCAGUGGUGCCAACUAGUGGCCUGGCAGUGACAUUGCUUUCAGCUUUGGCAGCCGUGUUCAACACUGCUUGGCUCAGGUUAUAACGCUAGGUUAUAACGAUACAGUUCUGUUCAAGGUCAUGUCUUUUCAACGCAUUGUAAAAUUACACUUGAAAUAAUGCAUUAUGUAUAUUUUGUUCAACUAUGCUGAUAAUGUUGAUAAUGCCAAACAAUAUUACUUUUAAAAUCUGUAUUUCAAGAGAGUUGAAGAAAAAGUUGCCUGCACAACACAACUCUUUGAAACUAAUUAUGUACAUUUUAAGUGUUUGUUUUUAGUUUAAGUUCAUACAGUGUCUGAUUUGUAAAGUUAUAGGUGCAUCAUUGUUUCUGAAUUUGAUAAGCCAUAUGCCAGCUCAUACAGGGUUUACUGUAAGUAAUCUGUAAAUAUUGCUAUGAUAUGAUAAUGGCAAUCCCACUUGGCGAAAGGACGCUGUGGUGGUAAAUACCUUUAAAGGAAGAUAAUGAUUCAGGCAUGUCAUGUCUGAACUUUAUGUCUCGUGGCAUGCUGUGUGUACCAAACAUUUACUACACAAAUGUAUUGUGCAGCAGCGUUCACUUGUUGUGAAACAAGUGUGACCUUUGAUUUAAAUGCCCUAUAAAGAACUUAUCCGUCCAUUGACCUCGUUUGCCAAGCAACUUUAAAUGUUUUCUCCUAAAAUUGUACAAACAAAAACUGCCCAAGAGGAGACUAUUGAGUCUGUU